CGAAUUUUCCGAGGGCUCACUGGGUCGGAGUUAAAUUUGGCCAGCCGGAGCCUCUCGGCGGCGGCGGAGGAGGAAUCGGGAAGUUUUUGGAGCUGACGCAGCCUCUGAGGAAGAGCCGCCGUGGACCAAGGUCUAGAAGCUCUCAGUACAGAGGUGUUACCUUUUACCGGAGAACUGGCCGGUGGGAGUCUCAUAUAUGGGAUUGCGGAAAACAAGUUUAUCUGGGUGGAUUUGACACUGCACACGCCGCCGCACGUGCAUAUGAUAGGGCAGCCAUCAAGUUUCGCGGAGUGGAGGCGGACAUUAAUUUCAGCCUAGAAGACUAUGAAGAAGACUUGAAACAGAUGAGCAACCUAACAAAGGAGGAAUUUGUGCAUGUACUUAGGAGACAGAGUACUGGGUUUCCAAGAGGGAGCUCCAAAUAUAGGGGUGUCACCUUGCACAAAUGUGGUAGAUGGGAGGCCAGAAUGGGCCAAUUCUUGGGCAAAAAAUAUGUCUAUCUGGGUCUCUUUGAUACUGAAAUUGAAGCUGCCAGGGCUUAUGAUAAAGCUGCAAUCAAGUGUAAUGGCAAGGAGGCUGUCACCAACUUCGAUCCCAGCAUCUAUGAAGAUGAGCUCAAAUCUACUGAAUCUCCCAGAAAUGCUGCACCGGACCAUAACUUAGAUUUGAGCUUGGGCAGUUCGACCUCAAAACACAAAAACAGCCGAGAAUUGGGAAACAAAAUCCAAAAUGUUGAUCAGUCGGAUCAGCAUCGUACUACCAUACCAUUUGAAGCAGAUUGGCACAACCGGGCAUUUAGGCCGCAGCUCAAUAUUCAACAGGAACCAUAUAGAAUUAAUUCCUACAGAAGAGAAGGGUACAAUGAGACUCAGACAAUGCAACUUCUGAGCCAAACCCACAUUCAAUCUCCGAGUUCACUGAGAUCCGGGCAAUUCGUCAAGGAGAGUGAAAACUCAAUGCUUCACAUGUUUUCACCCUCAUCAAACUAUCAAGUUCAGUAUCCUAGCAGCAGCAGCAAUGGAGGUCAAAUUGGAGCCACGACCGGAGGCGAUCACCUCUCACUGUCAAUGAGCAACAAUCAGCAAAGGCUGUUCAUCAAUCCUCCGCAAUUGUUUGCAACUGCUGCAGCAUCAUCAGGAUUCCCACAGCAGAUAACUAACCGACCCCAAAAUUGGCUACACCAGAAAAAUGGAUUCCACUCUCUGAUGAGACCCUCUUGACCCAACUUUUUGUUUUUUGUUUUUUAAAUCUUUUAUGUAACAAGGUCUUUCAAGUUUGUAAGCAUGUAAAGAUCAAUGCUUUGAGCUUAAAUUUCUUCUUUUCCGGUCUCCAAAUAGUAUGUCAAACCCAAGUCACGAGUACAUAACUUGGAUUCAAUAUCAGAUGAGAUAAAUUCAGCGUUUGCAUAAUCAGGAUCUAGAUAUUCAUGCGUUCUAUUCUAUAUUUGUGAUUCAUUUAUGUGUUUCCAAAACCGUAUAUAUGUAUUAUUAUUUAGGCUGCCCUCUUAUUUAUUACUACAUCAAUUGUAGGUUCUUGUU